AUGCCGCGCACCGCCAGACAGAGCGCCCUGCUCCAAAGUCAACCAGCGAUUCAGAGCUUUGGCCGGGCAACCAAGGCUGGUGUGACGCCGUCAUUGCCUGCGAAGAAGACUGCUUCUCUACCCGUUUCCCCGUCGAAGAAAAGGAAGUUGCAGGAGCUCGAAAAUGUGGACUGUGCCGGUCGGCAAUCCCUCGACGAAGAGGCCAACACGCCUUCCAAGACUUUAAAAAUUAGUCAAUUGUCGGUUUCUUCCCCGCGCAGUGGUCAUUAUGCCUCGCCGAAGCGAACCCCGAGUCGUCGGACUCGUGUUUCGACUGUCGCUGUCGCCAAUAUCCCCGAAGUUCCCGACACCCCCUCGAAGCAACGCACCAUCAACUUUGAGAAGGUCAUUCCCGAGCCGAAACUUGCGCCACAAGCACCCUGUGUCAAUGAUUUCUUGGGUCUUCAUUAUGCUUUCGUUCAGGCUCUUUCCAUUCACAUGGCUCAUAAUGGUCCCAUUUCCCCGGCUGAUUUCCGCGAGCUCCUUCCCAGCGUGACCAGGAUCUGGAAAAAGCGCAAGGUGCAGCCCAAGGAUCUCCAACGCUUAUUGUGGGUCUGGGACCACAGCUUGAAGGCCAAGGAUGUCUCCUAUCGUCUGGCAAAUUACGGCCUGGGCAAGGUGUGUCUGGAAAGGACUGUGCAGAUCGAUCAACAGCCCCCUGCCUUGCAGGAUGCAUUCGAACAGGCCUUGGAUCUGCUUUGGGAACAGACGGAACCCUCGCUCGAAAUUGCCAAGGAGGAGGAUCGUCCGGCACUUUUCCUCGAGUCUCUCGGCCUUGCGCCUAUUCACGAAUCCCUCACGCCAUUCACCGCAUUCAAGAAGGGUCAACAGCGUCUGCAGGAUUUGAGAUCUGGCGUGAUUCGCAUGAAGACCGAGAAAUUGCGCGCAGAGGCAGAAAUUGGAGAGUCCAAGCCUCUGGCUCCUGCGAUCAACCGUCGACAAAGUCUUCUCGAUCGCAUUAAGAAUAAGGAGCUGCGCCAGUCCAAGCUGCCCCCUCCGCCAACCAAGAAGGAGGUGACCCGUCGAGCGGCUGCUGAUCGUGUCGAGGAAGUUGCCGGAAUUCUGGCUCUUUUGCGUCCCGCGGCCUAUGUGGGCACUGGUAUCAAGGCCAUGUUCGCUAGCCAGCGCAAGCCUUUCAAUAUGGACACGAUGGUCGACCAUGUUCGUGAUUCUGUUCGGAUUCCGAUCCCUCGGGAUGAAGUCGAAGCGUGCCUUGAGAUUCUGGCUGAUCCUCGUGUGGCCGGUCACUGGGUGACUAUGGUUACGGUGAAGGAUAUCCGCUCGGUGGUCCUCAAGUCCUGCAAGGACAUUGCGGUCAACCAGCUUGGAGCAAAGGUCGCUCAGUUGAAGGCCGAGUGGGAGAAGCCCCAGGCCUGUGUGUCGAGUCCCUUGUUGAAGAUCUGA